AUGGCUUCACAGCCCGAUACCGUGGAGAGCACAAAACGGUUACUACAAGCUCAGAAUAAAAAUGCUGAUAUUAUACAGUUUGUCAUUGACAGAGUUGCUAGUGGAAAGCAAUAUGUUCCGGUGAAUGCGUUCUCUCUUAUUUAUUACCUUGCUCCAGAAGGCGCAAAGAAGAACAAGUUCAAUGGUCCAUUAACUGAGAUCUUGUUCAAUGCUUUAAUACCCGAAGGCGUGUUUGAUGGCUUAAUUCCAGACAAUUGUGACUUACUUGCCAUCAAGGCUGGUUUCCUGGUGAGUACGGACAACUCAAAGUGGAUCAAGCCAAGUGCAAGGGCCAAUAAAACAGUUGUGCCCUUGAAGAGAGUCUCCAAAACGUCAACUUCGGGACUUCCUACCUUCAUUAAAUUGAACAAAGUGUCGGCCAGUUUGGCUACUUCUGUCAGUACUCCUAAUCUUACUGAUGGUAGUAGCUCUGAUGAUAUGGAUGACUUGGAGUCUGCAGAAGCCGAAAUGGAUGAAAAGGCUAGAAAGAGUAAGACGAGUUAUUUCGAGGAGCAUGAAAACGUUGACACUCUCGAAGAAGAAGAUGAGGAUCAGCUUUUGAACUCUGAGGAUUUGUCUAUGCCUACAAUUGUUCCCUUAAAGUGUUCCAAAACUGGUAAAAAGAGAAGAAGAGCAUGCAAAAACUGUACAUGUGGUCUUAAGGAAGAAGAGGAAAAGCAAGGGUCUCAAAGAAAAAGUUUGCAGGAUUCCGUUCUUGGUAACAUGGCAAAAAGUGCCAGUGAUGCCGCUGAAGUUAUUGAAAAUAGGCUUAGGCGAAUGGACCAAAAGAGUAAAAUUAUUAAGUUCAAGCCGGACGAGAUGAACGAAAUAGACUUUACUGUCAAAGGAAAAACCGGCGGAUGUGGAUCAUGCGCAUUAGGUGAUGCCUUUAGAUGCGAUGGUUGUCCCUAUCUUGGUCUGCCGGCUUUUCAGCCCGGCCAGCCAAUUAGUUUGGAUGCUUUCGCUCAGGAUAUCUAA